AUGCUCCAAUUCGGCGGAGAUCCGGCUCCUGCGUUUCUGGGAAGCGAGGAAUCUGAACAAAAAAAAAAACAGCUAAUGAGCGUGGAGAUGUUGUUGAUCGAUGAAGAUUCCACGCUGGUGCAAGGAUCUGUUCCUGCUUCCCUGCAGCAAACUUUUUGGUCCCGUUUAUCUGAAGGGUCGGUGUACCGGUUGAGUGGUUUCGAUGUUACACGAAGGAGUCCCAAAUACAGGCUCACCGACGGUCCCAUCGCCAUUCGUUUCAACGCGAAUACUGGUUUCCAGAAACUACUGAACACUUUGAGAAUAAUUCCGACAGAGUAUUUCCGAUUCCAACCAUUUGCGCAGAUCCGUAACCUAGCAAAUAGUGGGAAACAGCUGCCGGAUGUUAUGGGUGAGCUUCGUGCGCUGCAGAGCACCAUAACGGAUCGUCUUCCAGGGGCACCUCGGGUUAUGCUAACCAUAAGAAUGACAACUGAUGAUGAAGUCUGUGUGAGUAUGUUUGAUGGGUUAGCACUUGCAUUCCAUGACAAGUUUGAAGCUUACGGAAAGGAGCCCAAGAUUGUCCUAAUAACGAGCAUUAAUUCAAAGAUAGCUUCAGGUGUACUUCACAACCUCAAACGUUUUCCUGGGGGUGGUGCGGACCAGGAAGGGUCCUCAUCAAAGGUGGUACAUUCACAGAAGAUCGAGCCUCUCAGCAUUAAAGAGCUUAACGACUUUGUCUUAACCGGUGAUCCCCAGGUUAUUGAGUUUAUUUGUACUGCCAACAUAACUGGUGUUCAGCUUGAUGAUGGAUGGUGUUUCAUUGGCUGCUCUAUUUGUUCCAAAAAACUUCUCAAGGAGGAAACAUCAUUCACAUGCGUCUCAUGUAAUCUACCCAAUGCUGUAGCUGAACUCAGGUAUCGAGUGGUCUUUUCUGUGUCCGACAUCACAGGCACCGCAGCCUUUGUUGGCUUUGACAAUGAGGUUUCCAAACUGACUAAUGUACUGGCAUCAGAGGCCGCCAAAAUUGUGGGAAUUGGUGCUAAUGCUGAGGUGGACACUGAUAUGCCUAGGUCUCUUGCAGCUGUUGUCAAUAAAGCCUACACUUUCCAGCUUAAGUUAACCGCUAUCAACUUGACUCCAAAUCACCAAACCUUUACCAUUUCUCGGAUGUUUCCAGCACGCGAGCUAGCACCAAAGCCAACGUUUGCUGAAGGUGGAGGGGAUGCAGCAACAGCGUACACUGAGACUUUACGAUUAGGUUGCGGCUCAACAGGUAUCAGGCCUGGCGAAUCCAUCACAACUGAAAAUCCUCUGGAGGUGCUUGACCCUGCUGUGAAGGAAGCCUUUGAACCAGAGGGAAAUGCACCCAAAAAACCACGAGUGGAAUGA